AUGAUGCUCGCCCGCUCUGCGCGAUGCGCGGCGGCGGCGGGGUCCAGCACCAGCACCAGCACCAGCGCCAGCACUGCCUCGACGUCUCGCCUCGUCGUCUCGCGCGUGGCAAAGGGCGAGGGGUGUCGAUCCCUCUCGUCCGUGGCCGCCCCGUCUCGACCGGCAUUGCCCCUGUCAUCGCUGGCUGCCAAGGUCGGCCUAGCGAAGAGGGCGUUUCACACCACACCGACACCGAGGCAUGGCGGCAUCGAGCGGCCGGCUCCUGGAACCGGGAUCAAGCUGACCUUUCGCGACUCGAAGGGCAACGACAUCAAGACAGUCGAGGCAAACGAGGGCGACGACAUCCUCUCGAUUGCGCACGAGUACGACGUCGACCUCGAGGGCGCCUGCGAGGGCUCCAUUGCCUGCUCGACGUGCCACGUCAUCCUCGAGCCGGACGUCUACGACCAGCUCGACGAGCCGUGCGAGGACGAGGAGGACAUGCUCGACCUCGCCUUUGGCCUCACGGAUACCUCGCGCCUCGGCUGCCAGGUCAAGCUCAAGAAGGAGCUCGACGGUAUGGUCGCGCAGCUCCCCAGCGCCACCAGAAACAUGUAUGUCGACGGCCACAAGGCGGGCCACUAA